AUGGGCCUUCUGUCUCCCACCAGGACCAUGCGCCUCUGGGGGCCCCGGGGCCUGGGGGUGGCUCUGGGAGUCUUCAUGACCAUCGGAUUUGCCCUCCAGCUCUGGGGGGGUCCCUUCCAGAGGAGGCUACCCGGGCUGCAGCUCCGACAUUUCUGGGCCUCAGCCCCGGGACCAGCUGCUCCAUCGUGCCCGCCGCGGCAGCGCCUUGUGUUUCUGAAGACACAUAAAUCCGGGAGCAGCUCUGUGCUGAGUCUGCUUCACCGCUAUGGGGACCGACACGGGCUGCGCUUUGCCCUCCCUGCCCGCUACCAGUUUGGCUACCCAAGACUUUUCCAGGCCUCUCGGGUCAAAGGCUACCGCCCUCAGAGUGGAGACACCCAGCCCCCUUUCCACAUCCUCUGUCAUCACAUGAGGUUCAACCUGAAAGAGGUACUUCAGGUCAUGCCUUCUGACAGCUUCUUCUUUUCCAUUGUCCGAGACCCAGCGGCUCUGGCCCGCUCUGCCUUCUCCUACUAUAAAUCCGCGUCAUCGGCCUUCCGCAAAGCACCAUCCUUGGCUGCCUUCUUGGCCAAUCCUCGAGCCUUCUACCGACCUGGGGCCCGGGGGGACCACUACGCGCGCAACUUGCUAUGGUUUGACUUUGGCCUCCCCUUCCCCCCAGAUAUGAGGACCAAGAGAGGGAAUCCACGUGUCUCCAGAGACCCCAACCCUCCCCAGUUACCUUCUGGUGCUGGCCCUCCAGCCCACACCCUGGAUCCCAAUGCUCUCUUCCAUCCUGUUCCCACUGUUGCUGAUGGUCACAGCCAGAUGUCCAGCCCUGCCUCUUUAGAUUUGGGGUCUUCAUCCUUCAUCCAGUGGAAUCUGGCCUGGCUGGACUCUGUCUUUGACCUGGUCUUGGUGGCUGAGUACUUUGAUGAGUCACUGGUCCUGCUGGCAGAUGCGCUGUGCUGGGGUCUAGAUGACGUGGUAGGCUUUAUGCACAACGCCCAGGCUGGAGGUGGGCAGGACGGAAGCACCAUUGACGAUGGUGGACUGACCACUGAGGACAGGCAGCUGACUGCCCGAGCACGAGCCUGGAACAACUUGGACUGGGCUCUCUAUGUUCACUUCAACCGAAGUCUGUGGGCCCGGAUAAAGCAAUAUGGCCAGAGCCGGCUGGAGAGUGCUGUGGCGGAGCUCCGGGCUCGCCGAGAGGCCCUAGCUAAACACUGUCUGGUGGGGGGUGAGGCUUUAGACCCCAAGUACAUCACUGACCGGCGAUUCCGCCCUUUCCAGUUUGGGUCAGGUAAGGUUUUGGGUUAUGUGCUCCGAAGUGGGCUGAGCCUCCAAGACCAGGAGGAGUGUGAGCGCCUGGCUACCCCCGAGCUGCAGUACAAGGAUAAGCUAGAUGCCAAGCAGUUCCCCCCAACAGUCUCUCUGCCCCUCAAGACUUCAAGGCGACCCUCCCCCUAA